AUAGGUUUGCAGUUAGACAAUAUCGGAUACUGUUGCAACUACACUCAAAAAAGCCCUUCUUUAUCUACUGAUUCUUUUCAGUCACCACUUUCAAUGGAUGUCUUCUUUGAAACACCCAAAGGCAGACAAUUCUCCAUUGAAUUGGGUUACUUUGAUACAGUCCUAGAAAUCAAAGAAAAGAUACAAAAGUACCAAGACAUACCCAUCAACAAACAAACCCUAGUUUUUAAUGGCCAAGUUCUUCAAGAUGAACGUGAUAUAGAAUACUGUGAGAUUCUCCAUAACUCUCACAUUCAGCUCCUUAUAGCCCCAGACAACGACGAAACUAAACCACAAAUCAAGACCGAAGAAUCAUCACCGCCUUCCAAGAAAAUUCAACUCAGCAUCAAGAUUCCAUCUUCCAAAUUGCAUGUCCCUAUAGAAAUGGAUGUCAAUGACACCAUCUUACGUUUAAAAGAGAAGAUACAUGAAAUAGAAUCUGUUCCAGUCAGCAGGUUAGUUCUCCAGUCAAGCAAUGGAGAAUUGCUUGAUAAUCGGUCUUUACGCGAAUCUGAGUUGUUAGAUAACAGUGAAAUCAGUGUCAAUAUAAGGCCAUCGCCCACUGGUUUAGGUACAGGGUCUGGAGGGCCAACUGCAGGAACGAAGAAGCUGAAGCUGAUGGUGUUGACCAAGUGCGGGACUCAGAAGAUACCAGUAGAAGUUAACGCAUCAGAUAAUGUUGGGGAGCUAAGAAAAGAGCUGCAGAAGUUGCACCAGAGAUUGCAUUUUCAUCUUCCACAAGAAGGGUACUUUUUCAUAUAUAAGCAGAAUGUAAUGGAUGACGAUAGGUCGUUUCGAUGGCACCAUGUUUGCCAAGGGGAUACAAUUGAGAUCUUUAAUGGAAGUGUUACUGGAGGAUCCUAGUUUUCUUAUAUCACUCAGUCAUGGGGUAAUUUGAUUUGAUUACAGCAUUAGCAAUUAAUAUAUUUUUGUCCUUCAAGUCUAUUUAGCAAUUUGCUUUGGGUGUUUUGGGACUGCUGAUAUUUAGAGCAUGCUGUCUUAUAUACACUUUAUAUACACUUUAUAAAUGGUUAUUGAAUUAUAAUUUUA